CAUAUAAGCAAGUUCAGCGAGGGAAUUGAAAUUAGAAAUUGGCGGAAAGCUUGUGAUCAAGGCAGUUGCGAGUAAAACACAUCAUUUACGUAGAUCUUAUGGCAAUGAGUCGCUUUGGUGCACUCGCUGACGGCUCCCUGUCCAUCAUGGGCAGGAGCUCCAGGUGUCUGGAAGGAUCGGUACAAUCGUUUGGAGGUAGGAAAAGGGAGCGAAAAGGAUUCGCAUUCGGUGUGAAUGGAAGAGCCCGGGGGGAGACUGAGGAUUUUAUACCAUUGGGAAUUCAGCCUAAUCCUAGCGCUAGUCAUGAUGCUGGCAGAGAUAAAUAUGAGAUCGGCGCAUAUGGAUACGGUAAAAACAACGUGAAACUGCUGUACGUGAAGCGCGAAGACAAAUAUCACCAUGAAAUUCGGGAGUACGAAGUGGACAUUCAUCUUCGUCUGGGGUCACAGAAGGAUUACCUGGAGGGUGACAAUCGUGACAUAAUUGCCACUGACAGCCAGAAAAACACUGUCUACCUACUAGCUAAGAAAUACGGAGUAAAAUCACCGGAAGAAUUCGGUAUUCUUCUCUGCGCACACUUUCUCUACACCUAUAAACACGUAGAGGAAGUCCACGUCAACGUCGAGGAAUAUCCGUGGAUGCGUCACCAGGUAGACGGUGUGCCGCACAAUCAUGCUUUCAUCUUCAAUCCGACAACGAGGCGAUACUGUCAAGUGACGCAACUCAGAAACGACUCACCAAGAAUUCGAGGUGGUUUGAAAGACCUGCGCGUGCUGAAAACAACACAGAGCUCGUUCACGGAUUUCAUUCAGGAUGAAUACCGAACAUUACCCGAUGCAAAUGACCGUAUAUUCAGCACCGUCGUGACCGCCUCCUGGGACUUCUCCACAGCGGCAGGUGUUAAUUUCGACAAGGUAUGGGAGACCGUUCGCGUCUGCAUCCUUCAGAAUUUUGCUGGUCCUGCUACCACCGGUAUUUACUCCCCUAGUGUUCAGAAUACCCUCUACCUAGCCGAGAAGUGUGUCUUGGACAAAGUUGAUCAGAUCUACAGCAUCGAGAUGCGAAUGCCUAACAAACACUACUUCGACCUCGACUUGAGUAAAUUUCCGAAGCUGGUGGAGGGAGAGAAUAAAGAAGUUUAUUUACCAGUUGACAAACCUUCAGGAAUAAUCUAUGCACAAUUAAAUAGGAAGGACAUCUCUUCUAAACUCUAGCUCAGGAACUCAAUUUUUUAUUUCGAUAUCAAUAGAAGAACUGCGAAAGACCAACUCCAACGACUAAGUUAAUAAGUAAUAAUGAUUUUUUAUACAGUAUUUUUAUGGACUUGAAAAUAUCUAUUGUAAAAAAUAGUCACUAAGGAAUUUAUACAAUCAUGAAUUCAAUAAACAAAUAUAAAAAUUCAUAAUCAUUAAAAAUAA